UCUGUAGCCCAUUUUCCUCCUUGUGUCUUGUAUGCAAGACUGUGCCGACUUCUUGCCCUCUGUUGUGGUGGACCCCCCCCCCACCAAGACCCCUAUAUGACCGCUUUUCUGAUUAGUGAAUCUGUUUCCAUCACACUGAGACACCAGUUGCUCAGUGACAUUCAUCGAAAACUGAGGAAACUGAAGAAGGAAGGCUUAGGAGAUGUAUCUGAUAAGCUACAAUGUUUGAGUCUCGGUGAUCAAAAGGACCCCCAAAUUAAAUACCUGUCACAGCUGGAAGCAUUUUUUCAAUUUCCAAAGCAAUCUAUAGAAAUGCAUGCAUUCAAGGAUCAAUUGCAGGAAAUUCCCGCAAACACUGUAGUGUGUAUAUUGACCCUGGCUGACUCCCAUCAAAGAAACCCUGGAGAUACUCUACUACUCUGCAGACUUGAACAAGGAAAUGCGCCUGUUACUGUUCAUAUACCAACAGCCCAG